AUGAAGACGUCGUCGCUCCUUCCCGCCGUCUCGGCGAUGUUGGCUCUCGUCGACGCGCAAACGACCGCGACAUCGACCUCCAGCGUGCAGGCUCCUCGAGUCACAUCAUCCGCUAGAGCUUUCUUUAUCUAUGAUACUCAUCCGACCGGGAGUCUCGAAGCAUCUGUCGUUGCGUACGAGCGUGAGACGGCAACAUACCAAGUUGUGUGCCCAACGGCCGAUGCAGCCUGCCAAAAGGAGGGUUACUGGCCGGCCAACGUCACCCACAUUGAGGGCUCUAGCUGGGUCGGAAGCAAUACGGCCACGUCCGGCAUCGUGAAAUAUUGGGACUGCCGGCUCGGCACUGACGGCCAUCCCGUGAUUUCAGAUCAGUAUGGACGGUGCCACGUAUCAACGUCAACCCCCUCGCUCAGGACCGGGACUGUGGAUGAGGAGCUCGCCGUCAACACAUGCUUCGUGGAGGCGCGCUCUGUCGUUGUGGCCAUUACUGCAGGAUUGGAGAAGGUCGAGGCAGUCCACCGGAUACUCACGGAAUCCGAUGCGACCGGAACGUGUUCGCCCUUCACAAGCCCUGCGCCUUACACCGGUUCUCUUGUCACGGGGAGCUCAAGUUCGUCGUUACCUGCGGAGACAGGUGCCGCAACUGGUACGGGAACGGGUGCGGGAACGGGCUCGACGACAGGUGCGGCAAGUGGCACGGCAACAGGCACGGCGGCGACUGGUGCGGCAUCGGGUGCGGCGACUAGUGUAGCUUCGAGUAUGUUGAUGUUGCUUGGAGCGGCGUUUGUGGGGUGUGGUACUCUUUGGUGA